AUGAUAUGCGUGGGACAAAUCAAAUUAGGAGUCAACAAGCCCAUUAUGCAAAAAACAUUACUUGGUUGGAUAGUAGCAAGAAAGAUAACGUCACCUAAAAAUAGUAUGAACGUUUCUUGUAAUUUAAGUUGUAUACAGGAGUUAGACGAGACUCUUAAGAAAUUUUGGCAAGUCGAAAAUGAUGAGGAAAGUCAAAGCACAACAUCUGAAGAUAUGUAUUGUGAGAAGCAUUUUAAAGAGACGCAUAGUAGAAACUCGCAAGGAAGAUUUGUAGUUCAAUUACCUAUAAAAGAAAACGUGCUUAAAGACAUAGGAAAUUCCAAAGACAUAGCAAUGAAAAGAUUUUUAUUGUUGGAGAAAAAGUUAGCUAGAAACCCCGAUUUAAAGACUGAAUAUGUUAAGUUUUUAAAAGAAUAUGAAGGUUUAGGGCACAUGAGAGCCUUAGAUAAUUCACAGAAUGAUAAUUUAAGAAUAUUUUUACCUCAUCAAGUUGUUGUCAUGGAAUCUAGUGAGACAACAAAAGUGCGAGUAGUAUUUGAUGCAUCUACAACUAGGUGCAUACAACAGCUUGCGGAGGAUGAGACUUUCCUACAACAGCUAGGGCUAUUCGAUCCUUUAGGUUUGGUAGGUCCAGUAAUAACAUUCGCGAAAAUACUAAUGCAAAAUUUGUGGACCUGGAGGAUAGGUUGGGAUGAUUCUGUAGCAGCUAACAUUCAGAAUUCCUGGUUAAUGUUUAGAUCGCAAUUGUCCGAAUUGGAAUCGAUAAAUAUACCUAGGCUAAUAGUCGAGAGUAAUGAGGUGGAUAAGCUUAUUUUACAUGGAUUUAGCGACGCCAGUGAACAGGUACGAAAUUUAUUUUCUCUGAUGGAAUAUCAUUGGAAAGUGUUUAACAAUUUUACGGACGUCAAGAUCUUAGAAAAUUACGUUAUAUUCACUAGAAAAGUGGUAGUAUUUUAUGCAACUUACGUUUACGUGUCGACGUCAUUGUACCUGAUAAUGCCAAUGACGCCGCAGAUUAUGGACCUUGUGAUGCCUCUCAAUGAGAGUCGUCCGCGAAAGUUUCUAUUUAAAGUCGAAUAUCGCAUAGCGGAGAAAUAUUACUAUUUCAUCUUAUUUCAUUCAUAUGUGGCGAUUGUAACACUCAUGUCAAUUGUGGUCUGUGUUGACACUACUUACAUUGCUUACUUGAAACAUGGAUGUAGUUUAUUUGCAGCCAUCGGACAUCGAUUAGAGCAUAUAGUUACGAGAGAAUUCAGUCAGACGAGCUACUUGAAGAGAAAUAAAGAAAGAACGUAUGACAUGGAAGAUAUCGAUGAUAUUGAUUUCAAAGAGAGAAUUUUUCGUGAAUUAAUUAUUUGCUUGAAAAAACAUCAGCUGGCAUUAGAAUAUACCCACAUAUUGGAAUCUUCGUUCAUGUUAUCAACAGGCAUUCAAUUGGCAUGUAAUAUGCUCGCCAUGAGCCUCUCAUUAAUUCAAGCAAUAAGUAAUCUUGAUGAUAUCAAGGAUUCCAUUAGAUAUAGCUGUAUGUGCUUAGGAGAGUUUUUCCAUCUUUUAUGCAUGUCUCUGCCGGGACAAAGAUUGAUGGAUCACAGCAUAAACGUAUUUGAUAAGGCUUGUAGAUCACAUUGGUAUACAUUCUCGUUAAAAAGCAAAAAACUCUUAUGGAUAUUGCUUUACAGAGUACCUUGUACGUUAACCACCGGGAAAAUAUACAUAAUGUCAAUGGCCAAUUUUAGAAUGAUAGUACAAAGCGCUAUGUCUUACUACAUGACGUUUUCCUCUCUGAAAUAA